CUUGCACCCAGAGCGCUGCGGUAACCGUCACGCUGGGACCUGCUGAAAACAAAGGCAGAGAGGGAUCGCGAAGCUAACAACGGCGUCACAGAUAGGAUUCUAAGAUGCCAGUGUCUCCAGAUCGAGAAGAAGUGCUCUCAACAACCAGUAUUUUACAUCUGCUGAGAUGAGGUUGAGAAAAGCUGCUUCAAAGAACUUCAGCAUCUUCCCCUAUCACCUUACUAAAGAAAUAAAGAAGAUUCUCAAGUGAAAAAGUUAAAUGUGCUUUGGGGGAAAAGCUAAAAACCCCUUGCUAAUAGAUACUGUUUUACCUGAAGAACUUCUCUGGAAUACUGGAUCAGGAAGCAUAACGCAAGGAGGUGACCACUGUCAGACUGGAGCUUCUUAUUUUAAGAACACAAACACAAAACACAACAAUGUUUUCUGACAUCAGAUGAUGGAUGGACACUGAGGGGAAAAACAAGCUUUUCACUGGUCAGAAAGAGCAGAACACGAAGUGCACAUUUAGAGGGAAGCAAAACGAAGGACUUAAACAGAAGAAGGAAAACAUUUUCAUGGUUUUCACAGAUCAAUAUUUCCGGAGAAGUGAUAAUGGAGACCAAAGAUAAUAGGUGCGUCCGCGUGACGGUCCUCCCCGGCUGCGUGGGCUGCAGGACACUCGCAGUGCCGCCCUCCUGGACCGUGCGCGAGGUCAAGGAGCGCAUCCUCGGCGAGACCGGCCUCCCCGCGUCCGAGCAGCGCCUGUGGCAUCGCAAUCGGGAGUUAUCUGACUGGAUCAAGAUUGGAGAUCUGACUUCCAAAAAUCGUCAUCUUUUUGUAAACCUUCAAUCAAAAGGCUUAAAGGGGGGAGGUCGAUUUGGUCAAACAACUCCGCCACUUGUUGAUUUCCUCAAGGACAUUUUAAGAAGAUAUCCAGAAGGAGGACAGAUUCUUAAGGAAUUAAUACAGAAUGCAGAAGAUGCUGGGGCCACAGAAGUUAAAUUUUUAUAUGAUGAAACUCAAUAUGGAACGGAGGCUCUUUGGUCAAAAGAUAUGGCGCAAUAUCAGGGGUCAGCUCUUUAUGCAUAUAACAAUGCAGUUUUCACCCCGGAGGACUGGCACGGCAUUCAGGAAAUAGCAAGAAGCAGGAAAAAGGAUGAUCCUUUGAAGGUUGGAAGAUUUGGAAUCGGCUUUAAUUCUGUCUAUCAUAUAACAGAUGUUCCUUGUAUCUUUAGUGGGGACCAGAUUGGGAUGUUGGAUCCUCAUCAAGCACUUUUUGGCCCACACGAAUCAGGCCAAUGUUGGAAUCUCAAAAGUGACAGCAAAGAAAUUAGUGAACUUUCAGACCAGUUUGCGCCAUUCAUUGGCAUUUUUGGAAGCACCAAGGAAACGUUCAUAAAUGGCAAUUUUCCAGGAACAUUUUUCCGUUUCCCUCUUCGCCUACAACCCUCCCAGCUUAGUGGUAACCUCUACAAUAAGCAGAAGGUUCUUGAGUUGUUUGAAUCUUUCAGAGCCGAUGCAGACACGGUGCUUCUGUUUCUGAAGAGCGUGCAGGACGUGUCCUUACAUGUCCGGGAGGCAGAUGGGACUGAGAGACUGGUAUUUAGAGUCACCGCCAGUGAGAACCAAGCCCUGAAGCACGAACGGCCAAACUCUAUAAAGAUUCUGGGGGCUGCCAUAAGUAACUAUUGUGAAAAGAUUCCAAGCAAUAGCAUCACCUGUGAGACAUAUCACAUAAAUAUAGCGUUAGAAGAUGAAAGUACUAAGGAUGCACAGAAAACGUCCUGGCUGGUGUGUAACGGUGUGGGCGGUCGAGGGAUGUGUAGUAAGCUUGACUCCUUGGCUGAUGAAUUGAAGUUUGUCCCAAUCAUUGGAAUAGCCAUGUGUUUAUCAAGCAGAGACGAUGAAGAACAAGGAGCAACAUCUGAUUUCUCAGGAAAAGCAUUUUGCUUUCUUCCUUUACCACCUGGUGAGGAGAGCAAAACAGGCCUCCCUGUCCACAUCAGUGGAUUCUUCGGUCUGACAGACAACCGCAGGAGCAUCAAAUGGAGGGAGCUGGACCAGUGGAGGGACCCAGCUGCCUUGUGGAAUGACUUCCUUGUUGCGAACGUUGUCCCCAAAGCUUACGCUACUCUGAUCUUAGACUCAAUAAGACGUCUGGAGACUGAAAAAAACUCUGAUUUCCCCCUGACGGUUGAGAUUAUCUAUAAGCUUUGGCCUGAUAUGAACAAAGUGAAGGUACACUGGCAACCGAUUUUAGAACCCCUGUUUAAUGAGCUGUUCCAGAACGCAGUUCUUUAUUCAUUCAGCAACGACUGGGUGAAGUUAGAGCAGGCGUACUUCUCGGAACUCGAUGAGAAUUUGGAGUACACAAAAACCGUGCUCAGCUACCUCCAGAGCUCAGGGAAGCAGAUCGUCAAGGUCCCCGCCAACCUCGCCGCUGCGGCCCAGCUCGCGGCCUCCAGGGCGAAGCCGGUGAAGAGGGUGAUGCCUGCGCUGGUCCGGCAGGUGCUGCGGAAGUCGGCGCCCGCGGGCAGUGCCCAGGAGAAGCUGCACCUCCUGGAGUUCGUGCUGUCUGAUGACGCCUACAGCGAGCUGCUGGGGCUGGAGCUCCUGCCUCUCCAGAGCGGGCAUUUCGUCCCCUUCUCCUCCUCUGUGUCCGAUCAGGACGCCGUGUACAUUACCUCAGAAGAUUACCCAAGGUCCCUUUUCCCAGGUCUUGAAGGAAGAUUUAUUUUGGAGAACUUGAAGCCCCACAUUCUAGCUGCUCUAAAGGAGGCUGCCAAAACCCGAGGAAGGCCCUGUACUCAGCUGCAGCUCCUAAACCCAGAGCGAUUUGCACGUCUAAUCAGAGAAGUGAUGAAUGCAUUCUGGCCUGGCAGAGAGUUGCUUGUUCAGUGGUACCCACUCGCUGAAGACAGAAAUCAUCCAUCUCUUUCAUGGCUUAAGAUGGUCUGGAAGAAUCUCUAUAUACAUUUUUCAGAGGAUCUGACUUUAUUUGAUGAGAUGCCGCUUAUCCCCAGGACUGUGCUAGAAGAAGGCCAGGCCUGUGUGGAGCUCAUUAGACUCCGGAUCCCAUCAUUAGUCAUUUUGGAUGAUGAAUCUGAUGCACAGCUUCCAGAAUUUUUAGCAGACAUUGUACAAAAACUUGGAGGAAUUGUCCUUAAAAAAUUAGAUGCCUCCAUACAACAUCCACUUAUUAAAAGGUACAUCCACUCACCAUUACCAAGUGCUGUUUUGCAGAUAAUGGAGAAGAUGCCACUGCAGAAACUGUGUAAUCAAAUAGCUUUGCUCCUUCCAACCCACAAGGAUGCUCUGAGGGAGUUCUUAGCCAGUUUAACUGAUAGCAGUGAAAAGGAGAAAAGGAUAAUUCAAGAAUUGGCAAUAUUCAAGCGAAUCAACCAUUCAUCUGGCCAGGAAGUUUCCUCUUAUACAAAAUUGAAAGGUUGUAAAGUCUUGCAUCAUAGUGCCAAGCUUCUGCCAGGCCUGCGACUUUCUGUUUCACUGAUAGACAGUAGUGAUGAGGCAACUAUUCGUCUGGCAAACAUGUUGAAAAUAGAGAAGUUAAAGACCACUAGUUGCUUAAAGCUUAUUUUAAAAGAUAUUGAAAAUGGAUUUUAUUCACAUGAAGAGAUAACAAAGCUUAUGUUAUGGAUCCUUGAGAAUCUGUCUUCUCUCAAAAAUGAGAAUGCAAAUGUGAUUGAUUGGUUAAUACCACUGAAAUUCAUUCACAUUUCACAGGAACAGCUGGUGUCAGCCAGUGACCUCUUUGAUCCUGAUAUAGAAGUAUUGCAGGAUCUCUUUUAUAAUGAAGAAGAAAUCUGUUUCCCACCUUCAGUUUUUACCUCACCAGAUAUCCUUCACUCUUUAAGACAGAUUGGUUUAAAAAAUGAAGCCAGUCUCAAAGAGAAAGAUGUGGUACAAGUGGCCAAAAAAAUUGAAGCCUUACAGGCCAGUUCUUGUCCAACUCAGGACAUUCUUUUCAAGAAAGCCAAAACACUCUUACUGGUUUUAAAUAAGAACCAGACCUUGCUGCAGUCAUCUGAAGGAAAAAUGACCCUAAAGAAAAUAAAGUGGGUUCCAGCCUGCAAGGAGAGGCCUCCCAAUUACCCAGGGUCCCUAGUCUGGAAAGGUGACGUCUGUGACCUCUGUGCACCCCCCGACAUGUGUGACGCGGCUCACGCGAUCCUGGUCGGCUCGUCAGUCCCUCUUGUUGAAAGUGUGCAUGUAAACCUGGAGAAGGCGUUAGGCAUCUUCACAAAACCGAGCAUCAGUGCCGUGUUGAAACACUUUAAAAUUGUUGUUGAUUGGUACACUUCGAAAACCUUCAGCGAUGAAGACUACUAUCAGUUCCAGCAUGUUUUGCUUGAAAUUUAUGGAUUCAUGCAUGAUCACUUAGAUGAAGGGAAAGAUGCCUUUAAGGCCUUAACAUUUCCUUGGGUCUGGACUGGCAAAAAAUUUUGUUCCCUCACCCAAGCAGUAAUGAAACCAAUCCACGAUCUUGACCUUCAGCCUUAUUUGCAUAGCGUACCUAAAACCAUGGGAAAAUUCCACCAAUUGUUUAAGGCCUGUGGGUCAAUCGAGGAGUUGACGUCAGAUCAUAUUUCCAUGGUCAUUCAGAAGAUAUAUCUCAAAAGUGACCAAGACCUCAGUGAACAAGAGAGCAAACAAAAUCUUCAUCUUAUAUUGAAUAUUAUCAGGUGGCUGUAUAGCAAUCAGAUCCCAGCAAGCCCCAAUACACCAGUUCCUAUACAUCAUAGCAAAAAUCCUUCUAAACUUAUCAUGAAGCCAAUUCAUGAAUGCUGUUACUGUGACAUCAAAGUUGAUGACCUUAAUGACUUACUUGAAGAUUCAGUGGAACCAAUCAUUUUGGUGCAUGAAGACAUACCCAUGAAAACUGCAGAAUGGUUAAAAGUUCCAUGCCUUAGUACAAGGUUGAUCAAUCCUGAAAAUAUGGGAUUUGAGCAGUCAGGACAAAGAGAACCACUUACUGUAAGAAUUAAAAAUAUUCUGGAAGAAUACCCAUCUGUGUCAGAUAUUUUUAAAGAACUGCUUCAAAACGCUGAUGAUGCCAAUGCCACCGAGUGCAGUUUCAUGAUUGACAUGAGAAGAAAUAUGGACAUCAGAGAGAACCUCCUAGACCCAGGGAUGGCUGCUUGCCAUGGGCCUGCUCUGUGGUCAUUCAAUAAUUCUGAAUUCUCAGAUUCAGAUUUUGUGAACAUAACCAGGUUAGGAGAAUCUUUAAAAAGGGCAGAAGUUGACAAGGUUGGAAAAUUUGGUCUUGGAUUUAAUUCUGUGUACCAUAUCACAGACAUUCCCGUCAUUAUGAGUCGAGAAUUCAUGAUCAUGUUCGAUCCAAACAUAAACCAUAUCAGUAAACACAUUAAAGACAGAUCUAAUCCGGGGAUCAAAAUUAAUUGGAGUAAACAACAGAAAAGACUUAGGAAAUUUCCUAACCAGUUCAAACCAUUUAUAGACGUGUUUGGCUGUCAGUUACCCUUGACUGUAGAAGCGCCUUACAGCUACAAAGGAACUCUUUUCCGACUUUCCUUUAGAACGCAACAAGAAGCUAAAGUGAGUGAAGUCAGCAGUACCUGCUAUAAUACGGCAGAUAUUUACUCUCUUGUGGAUGAAUUUAGUCUCUGUGGACAUAGGCUUAUCAUUUUCACCCAGAGUGUAAACUCAAUGUAUUUGAAGUACUUGAAAAUUGAGGAAACCAAUCCCAGCUUAGCACAAGAUACAAUAGUAAUCCAAAAACAGGUCUGCUCUUCCAAAGCAUUGAAUGCACCUGUUUUGAGUGUUUUAAAAGAAGCUGCUAAGCUUAUGAAGAUGUGCGGUGGCAGUAAUAAAAAACUUUCCACUGAUGCACCAAAGUCAUCCUGCAUUCUUCAGAUCACAGUUGAAGAAUUUCAUCAUGUGUUCAGAAGGAUUGCUGAUUUGCAGUCACCGCUUUUUAGAGGUCCAGAUGACGACCCAGCUGCUCUCUUUGAAAUGGCUAAAUCUGGCCAAGCAAAAAAGCCAUCAGAUGAGUUGCCACAAAAAACAGUAGAGUGUACAACGUGGCUUAUAUGUACCUGCAUGGACACAGGAGAGGCUCUGAAAUUUUCCCUGAAUGAAAGUGGAAGAAGAUUGGGACUUGUUCCUUGUGGUGCAGUAGGAGUUUUUCUGUCUGAAAUCCAAGAACAGAAGUGGAUUGUGAAACCACAUGUUGGAGAAGUGUUUUGCUAUUUACCUUUACGAAUAAAAACAGGCUUGCCAGUUCACAUCAAUGGGUGUUUCGCCGUGACUUCAAAUAGGAAAGAAAUAUGGAAGACAGAUACAAAAGGACGAUGGAAUACCACCUUCAUGAGACACGUUAUCGUGAAAGCCUACUUACAAGCACUAAGUGUCUUACGUGACCUGGCAGUCGGUGGGGAACUAACUGAGUAUACUUACUAUGCAGUCUGGCCUGAUCCCGACUUAGUUCAUGAUGACUUUUCUGUAAUUUGUCAAGGAUUUUAUGAAGAUAUAGCUAAUGGAAAAGGGAAAGAAUUGACCAGAGUCUUCUCUGAUGGAUCUACAUGGGUUUCCAUGAAGAAUGUGAGAUUUCUAGAUGACUCUAUUCUUAAAAGAAGAGAUAUUGGUCCUGCAGCCUUCAAGAUAUUUUUGAAAUACCUCAAGAAGACUGGUUCAAAAAACCUCUGUGCUGUCGAACUUCCUUCUUCAGUAAAAUUAGGAUUUGAAGAAGCUGGAUGCAAACAGAUACUGCUUGAAAACACAUUUUCAGAGAAACAGUUUUUUUCAGAAGUGUUUUUCCCAAAUAUUCAAGAAAUUGAAGCAGAACUUAGGGAUCCUUUAAUGAAUUUUGUUCUCAAUGAAAAAGUUGACGAAUUCUCAGGAAUUCUUCGUGUUACUCCAUGCAUUCCUUGCUCUUUAGAAGGGCAUCCUUUGGUUUUACCAUCGAGGUUGAUCCAUCCUGAGGGACGAGUUGCAAAGUUAUUUGAUACUAAAGAUGGGCGCUUUCCUUAUGGUUUGACUCAGGACUAUCUUAAUCCUAUUAUUUUGAUAAAACUAGUUCAAUUAGGUAUGGCCAAAGAUGAUAUUUUAUGGGAUGACAUGCUAGAACGUGCAGAGUCAGUAGCUGAAAUUAAUAAAAGUGAUCAUGCUGCUGCUUGUCUGAGAAGCAGUAUCUUAUUAAGUCUCAUUGAUGAAAAAUUAAAAAUCAGGGAUCCCAGAGCAAAAGAUUUUGCUGCCAAAUAUCAAACAAUUCCCUUCCUCCCGUUUCUAACAAAACCAGCAGGGUUUUCUUUGGAAUGGAAAGGAAACAGUUUUAAGCCUGAAACCAUGUUUGCAGCAACUGAUCUUUACACAGCUGAGCAUCAAGAUAUAGUUUGUCUUUUGCAGCCAAUUCUAAAUGAAAAUUCUCAUUCUUUCCGAGGCUGUGGUUCAGUGUCAUUGGCUGUAAAAGAGUUUCUGGGAUUACUUAAGAAGCCAACAGUUGAUCUGGUUAUAAACCAAUUGAAAGAAGUGGCAAAGUCAGUUGAUGAUGGAAUUACAUUGUACCAGGAGAAUAUCACCAAUGCCUGCUACAAAUACCUGCAUGAAGCAAUGAUGCAAAAUGAAGUCACGAAGAUAUCAAUUGUAGAAAAGUUAAAACCCUGUAGCUUCAUCCUAGUUGAGAAUGCAUAUGUUGACUCAGAAAAGGUCUCGUUUCAUCUGAAUUUUGAGGCAGCACCGUAUCUUUAUCAGUUGCCUAACAAAUAUAAAAACAAUUUUCGUGAACUCUUUGAAAGUGUGGGUGUAAGGCAGUCAUUUACUGUUGAAGAUUUUGCCCUCGUUUUGGAAUCUCUAGAUAAAGAAAGGGGAACAAAACAAAUAACAGAAGAGAAUUUCCAGCUUUGCCGACGAAUAAUUAGUGAAGGAAUAUGGAGUCUCAUUAGAGAAAAGAGACAGGAAUUUUGUGAGAAAAAUUAUGGCAAAAUAUUAUUGCCAGAUACUAACCUGGUGCUUCUCCCUGCUAAAUCUUUGUGCUACAAUGAUUGUCCCUGGAUAAAAGUAAAAGAUACCACUGUGAAAUAUUGUCAUGCUGACAUACCCAGGGAAGUGGCUGUAAAACUAGGAGCCAUCCCAAAGCGACAUAAAGCCUUAGAAAGAUAUGCCUCCAACAUCUGUUUUACAGCUCCCGGCACUGAAUUUGGACAGAAAGAAAAAUUGACCAGCAGAAUUAAGAGUAUUCUUAAUGCCUACCCUUCAGAAAAGGAAAUGUUGAAAGAACUUCUUCAGAAUGCUGAUGAUGCAAAAGCCACAGAAAUCUGUUUUGUGUUUGACCCCAGGCAGCAUCCAGUGGACAGAAUCUUUGAUGACAAAUGGGCUCCACUGCAAGGGCCGGCACUCUGUGUGUACAACAAUCAGCCUUUCACGGAAGACGAUGUCAGAGGAAUUCAGAAUCUCGGGAAAGGCACCAAGGAAGGAAAUCCCUAUAAAACUGGACAGUAUGGAAUAGGAUUUAAUUCUGUAUAUCAUAUUACAGACUGCCCUUCCUUUAUCUCUGGCAAUGACAUCCUGUGCAUUUUUGAUCCUCAUGCCAGAUACGCACCAGGAGCCACGUCAGUCAGUCCUGGACGCAUGUUUAGGGACUUGGAUGCAGACUUUAGGACGCAGUUUUCAGAUGUCCUGGAUCUUUAUUUGGGAACCCACUUUAAACUGGACAAUUGCACCAUGUUUAGAUUUCCUCUUCGUAAUACAGAAAUGGCAAAAGUUUCAGAAAUUUCCUCAGUUCCAUCAUCAGACAGAAUGGUCCAGAAUCUUUUGGACAAAUUGCGCUCUGAUGGCGCAGAACUUCUAAUGUUUCUUAAUUAUAUGGAAAAAAUUUCUAUUUGUGAAAUAGAUAAAGUGACUGGAGCUCUAAAUGUGCUGUAUUCAGUAAAGGGCACAAUCACGGAUGGAGAUAGACUGAAAAGGAAGCAAUUUCAUGCAUCUGUAAUUGACAGUGUUACUAAAAAGAGGCAGCUCAAAGACAUACCAGUUCAACAGAUAACCUAUACUAUGGAUACUGAGGACUCAGAAGGAAAUCUUACAACCUGGCUAAUUUGUAACAGAUCAGGUUUUUCGAAUAUGGACAAAGUAUCUAAGAGUGUCAUAUCGGCUCACAAGAACCAAGACAUUACUCUCUUUCCACGCGGUGGCGUGGCUGCCUGCAUCACUCACAACUAUAAAAAGCCCCAUAGGGCCUUCUGUUUCUUGCCCCUCUCUUUGGAGACGGGGCUGCCAUUUCACGUGAAUGGCCACUUUGCUCUGGAUUCAGCCAGAAGAAAUCUGUGGCGUGAUGAUAAUGGUGUUGGUGUUCGAAGUGACUGGAAUAACAGCUUGAUGAUGGCAUUAAUAGCCCCUGCAUAUGUGGAAUUACUAAUCCAGUUAAAAAAACGGUAUUUCCCUGGUUCUGACCCAACAAUGUCAGUUUUACAGAACACACCUAUUCAUGUCGUGAAGGACACUUUAAAGAAGUUUUUAUCAUUUUUCCCAGUUAACAGGCUUGAUCUACAGCCAGAUUUGUAUUGUCUGGUGAAAGCACUUUAUAACUUCAUUCAUGAAGACAUGAAACGUCUUUUACCAGUCGUACGGGCACCAAAUAUCGAUGGGUCGGAUUUGCACUCUGCUGUUAUAAUUACUUGGAUUAAUAUGGCCACUGCUAAUAAAACUAAACCGUUUUUUGACAACUUACUGCAGGAUGAAUUACAACACCUUAAAAAUGCAGAUUAUAAUAUCACAACACGCAAAACUGUAGCAGAGAAUGUCUACAGACUAAAACACCUACUUUUAGAAAUUGGCUUCAACUUGGUUUAUAACUGUGAUGAAACGGCAAAUCUUUACCACUGUCUUAUAGAUGCAGACAUUCCUGUUAGUUAUGUAACUCCUGCUGACGUUAGGUCUUUUUUAAUGACAUUUUCCUCUCCUGAUACUAAUUGCCACAUUGGAAAGCUGCCUUGUCGUCUUCAGCAGACUAACCUAAAACUUUUCCAUAGUCUAAAACUUUUAGUUGAUUAUUGUUUUAAGGACACAGAAGAAAAUGAGGUUGAAGUUGAGGGACUGCCCCUUCUCAUUACAUUGGACAGCGUUUUGCAAACUUUUGAUGCAAAACGACCCAAGUUUCUAACAACAUACCAUGAAUUGAUUCCAUCCCGCAAAGACUUGUUCAUGAAUACAUUAUAUUUGAAAUAUAGUAAUAUUUUACUGAACUGUAAAGUUGCAAAAGUGUUUGACAUUUCCAGCUUUGCUGAUUUGUUACCCUCUGUAUUGCCUCGUGAAUAUAAGACCAAAAAUUGUAUGAGGUGGAAAGACAAUUUUGCAAGUGAGUCUUGGCUUAAGAAUGCAUGGCAUUUCAUCAGUGAAUCAGUAAGUGUGAGAGAAGACCAGGAAGAAGCAAAACCAACAUUUGACAUUGUGGUUGAUACCCUGAAAGACUGGGCAUUGCUUCCAGGAGCAAAGUUUACUGUUUCGGCCAAUCAUCUUGUGGUUCCUGAAGGGGAUGUGCUGCUUCCUCUAAGCCUUAUGCAUAUAGCAGUUUUUCCAAAUGCCCAGAGUGAUAAAGUUUUUCAUGCUCUAAUGAGAGCUGGCUGUAUUCAGCUUGCCUUGAACAAAAUCUGCUCCAAAGACAGUGCAUUUGUUCCCCUGUUGUCAUGUCACACAGCAAACAUCGAGAGCCCGUCCAGCAUUUUGAAGGCUGUGCAUUAUAUGGUCCAAACCUCAACAUUUAGAACUGAAAAAUUAGUAGAAAAUGACUUUGAAGCCCUUUUGAUGUAUUUCAACUGCAAUUUGAGUCACUUGAUGUCUCAAGAUGACAUUAAAAUUUUAAAGUCACUUCCAUGCUACAAAUCCAUCAGUGGUCGAUAUAUGAGCAUUGCAAAAUUUGGAACAUGCUAUGUACUCACAAAAAGUAUCCCUUCAGCUGAAGUGGAAAAAUGGACACAAUCAUCAUCAUCUGCAUUUCUUGAAGAAAAAAUACAUUUAAAAGAACUAUAUGAGGUGCUAGAUUGUGUACCUGUGGAUGAUCUUGAGGUAUAUUUGAAACACCUCUUACCAAAAAUUGAAAAUCUCUCUUAUGAUGCAAAAUUAGAGCACUUGAUCUAUCUUAAGAAUAGAUUAUCAAGUAUUGAGGAAGUAUCAGAAAUUAAGGAACAACUUUUUGAAAAACUGGAAAGUUUGUUGAUAAUUCAUGAUGCUAACAGUCGGCUAAAGCAAGCAAAACAUUUCUAUGACAGGACUGUGAGAGUUUUUGAAGUGAUGCUUCCUGAAAAAUUGUUUAUCCCCAAGGAUUUCUUUAAAAAAUUGGAACAACGUAUAAAGCCCAAAAAUCAGGGUGCAUUUAUGACCUCCUGGGUAGAAUUCCUAAGGAAUAUUGGACUAAAAUACAUACUUUCUCAGCAGCAGUUGUUACAGUUUGCUAAGGAAAUCAGUGUGAGAGCUAAUACAGAAAACUGGUCGAAAGAAACAUUGCAAAGUACAGUUGAUAUCCUUCUCCAUCACAUAUUCCAAGAACGAGUGGAUCUGUUGUCUGGGAAUUUUCUGAAAGAACUGUCCUUAAUACCAUUCUUAUGUCCUGAGCGGGCCCCUGCUGAAUUCAUUAGAUUUCAUCCUCAGUAUCAAGAGGUAAAUGGAACACUUCCUCUUAUAAAAUUCAACGGGGCACAAGUAAAUCCUAAAUUCAAGCAGUGUGAUGUUCUUCAGCUGUUAUGGACAUCCUGCCCUAUUCUUCCAGAGAAAGCCACACCCCUGAGUAUCAAAGAACAAGAAGGCAGUGAGCUCGGCCCACAGGAGCAGCUGGAACAAGUCUUAAGUUUGCUUAAUGUGAACUUGGACCCCCCUCUUGACAAGGUCAUUAAUAACUGCAGAAACAUCUGCAACAUCACAACUUUGGAUGAAGAAAUGGUGAAAACGAGAGCUAAGGUCUUACGGAGCAUAUAUGAGUUUCUCAGUGCAGAGAAGAGGGAGUUCCGAUUCCAGCUGCGGGGCGUUGCCUUUGUGAUGGUGGAAGAUGGCUGGAAACUUCUGAAGCCUGAGGAGGUAGUGAUAAAUCUCGAGUACGAAUCUGAUUUUAAGCCUUAUUUGUACAAGCUCCCUUUAGAACUUGGCACAUUUCAUCAGUUGUUCAAACAUUUAGGUACUGAAGAUAUUAUUUCAACCAAGCAAUAUGUUGAAGUGUUGAGCCGCAUAUUCAAAAACUCGGAAGGAAAACAAUUAGACCCCAAUGAAAUGCGUACAGUCAAGAGAGUAGUUUCUGGCCUGUUCAGGAGUCUGCAGAAUGAUUCGGUCAAGGUUAGGAGUGAUCUGGAGAACGUACGAGACCUCGCACUGCACCUUCCAAGCCAGGAUGGUAGAUUGGUAAAGUCGAGCAUCUUAGUGUUUGAUGAUGCUCCGCAUUACAAGAGUAGAAUUCAGGGGAAUAUCGGCGUCCAAAUGUUGGUUGACCUUAGCCAGUGUUACUUAGGGAAGGACCAUGGAUUCCACACAAAAUUGAUAAUGCUCUUUCCCCAGAAACUCAGACCUCGCUUACUGAGCAGUAUUCUUGAAGAACAGCUAGAUGAGGAGACUCCUAAAGUUUGCCAGUUUGGAGCACUGUGUUCCCUUCAGGGAAGACUGCAGUUACUCUUGUCUUCUGAACAGUUCAUUACAGGACUGAUUCGAAUUAUGAAGCAUGAAAACGAUAAUGCUUUCCUGGCCAAUGAAGAAAAAGCCAUAAGACUUUGCAAAGUCCUGAGAGAAGGCUUGAAAGUCUCCUGUUUUGAAAAGCUUCAAACAACAUUAAGAGUUAAAGGUUUCAAUCCUAUUCCCCACAGCAGAAGUGAAACUUUUGCUUUCCUGAAGAGAUUUGGCAAUGCAGUCAUUCUGCUCUACAUACAGCAUUCGGACAGUAAAGACAUUAAUUUCCUCUUAGCGUUGGCAAUGACACUGAAGUCGGCGACUGACAAUUUGAUUUCUGACACUUCAUAUUUAAUUGCUAUGUUAGGAUGCAAUGAUAUUUACAGAAUCAGUGAGAAACUUGACAGUUUAGGAGUGAAAUAUGACUCUUCAGAACCAUCAAAACUUGAACUCCCUAUGCCUGGCACGCCGAUACCUGCAGAAAUUCAUUACACUCUGCUGAUGGAUCCGAUGAAUGUCUUUUACCCAGGAGAAUACGUUGGAUACCUUGUUGAUGCUGAAGGUGGUGAUAUCUAUGGCUCCUACCAGCCAACAUACACAUAUGCAAUUAUCGUACAAGAAGUCGAAAGGGAAGAUGCUGACAAUUCUAGUUUUCUAGGGAAGAUAUAUCAGAUUGAUAUUGGCUAUAGUGAAUAUAAAAUAGUUAGCUCUCUUGACCUGUAUAAGUUUUCCAGGCCCGAAGAAAGUUCUCAAAGCAGAGACAGCGCGCCUUCCACCCCCACCAGCCCUCCCGAGUUUCUGGCCCCUGGGCUGCGCAGCAUCCCUCCUCUCUUCUCUGGCAAAGAGAGCCACAAAACCUCAUCUUCAAAACAUCAGUCCCCCAAAAAGCUUAAAGUUACUUCUUUACCGGAAAUCUUAAAAGAAGUGACAUCAGUGGUGGAGCAGGCUUGGAAGCUUCCAGAGUCUGAAAGAAAAAAGAUCAUCAGACGGUUGUAUUUGAAAUGGCAUCCAGACAAAAAUCCCGAAAAUCAUGAUAUUGCUAAUGAGGUCUUUAAACACUUGCAGAAUGAAAUCAACAGAUUAGAGAAACAGGCUUUUCUAGAUCAAAAUGCAGACAGAGCCUCAAGGCGGACAUUUUCAACCUCAGCAACCCGAUUUCAGUCAGACAAGUACUCAUUUCAAAGAUUUUAUACUUCAUGGAAUCAAGAAGCAACGAGUCAUAAAUCAGAAAGGCAACAACAAAACAAAGAAAAAUGCCCCCCUCCGGCCGGACAGACUUACUCUCAAAGGUUCUUUGUUCCUCCUACUUUCAAGUCGGUUGGUAACCCAGUGGAAGCCCGCAGAUGGUUAAGACAAGCCAGGGCAAAUUUUUCAGCUGCCAGAAAUGACCUUCAUAAAAAUGCCAACGAAUGGGUGUGCUUCAAAUGUUACCUUUCUACCAAGUUAGCUUUGAUUGCGGCUGACUACGCUGUAAGGGGGAAGUCUGAUAAGGAUGUAAAACCAACUGCACUUGCCCAAAAAAUUGAGGAAUACAGCCAGCAACUUGAAGGACUGACAAAUGACGUUCACACAUUGGAAGCUUAUGGUGCAGACAGCUUAAAAACAAGAUAUCCUGAUUUGCUUCCUUUUCCACAGAUUCCAAAUGACAGAUUUACUUCUGAGGUUGCUAUGAGGGUGAUGGAAUGUACUGCCUGUAUCAUAAUAAAACUUGAAAAUUUUAUACAACAAAAAGUAUGAAGUAUUUAAAGAAAAUAAAAAGCAGAGCUAGGUCUUGAAGGUGUUGGAGCACAAAUACGAAUUGCUGUAUUCUAUUAAGCUUCAUUACCAGUUAUAUAGGAAUUGUGAAGCACAGAAAACUUAACCUAGAGGAAAAUCAUUGUGAAGAAGGUGGUGAACUGAACAAUUGGUAGAAGUAUUUGAAUGGCUUGGAGGGCACAUUAUUGAACUGCACUUUAUGUAACCAAAGCUUAGCCGUUUGUUAGGUGAGUCUUUGUAUGUCUCUGGCUAGGAUGAAAUUAAUUUUUUGUUUUUAACAUGGUUUUUGUUUUGAAGGAGCUAAUGAAAAACUGGACAUAUCAAUGACAAACAAAUAAGGGGAAUGAAUUCUUUGGCUUUUUUUUUAAGUGGAUCAUGUUUUGGACUUUUGUUUUCUUAUCAGCUGGAUCUGAUUGUGACUUUAUUGCAAUUUUACAUCUUAAGUACUCGGUAUGUUUAAAAAAUGGUACAGUAUUUUAAUCCUGAAUAUUACUUGAUGACGAGUAUACAGAUAGUACUUCUUGGAGUGUGCUGAGUGCACUUUGCACCUUUCUUUGUGUUUUUACACCUUAUGUUUACAGGCUUCCUCUCCCCUGAAGAUAGCAUCCGGAAAAUUCACAGUGACGGAGCGCCCCUCACAGAUGUUAGUGCUGUUUCUGCACUUCACUCACCAGAACAGCAUUUAUCACCUGUGAGAACACUUGCUUUCUGUUUGCAUGUACAUAUUUUCCACAGACGUCAUAAUUUAUAUAGUGUGGUUGAACAGGAUGCAAUCUUGUUUCAUGUUUAAAGGUGCUGUGGUUAAAAAACAAAACUUUGUCUUACAGUGGGACAGUCAUUUUUUUUUUUCAAUUUUACUUUAAAAACAUUCAAAAUUGUAAAAUCUUUGUGACAAUUAUCCAGAUGCUUUAAAAGAGGAAUUAUGAAGUAUUUCCCCAUGAAUGCUUGAGAACUGACAUUUAAUUCUCAUCAUGUUUAAGUGUUCUCCCAUACUUCUUUAACAUAUUUCUUUUGCAGAAGCUGAAAGAAAGGUAUUGAUAAUUGGUUUAUAUAAGUGUACUGGCUGUAAAUCUUGCUGAAUAUAAUAUUUUAGGCACUUAAGGGCUUAAGGAAUAUGUUAAAACUUUUUUUUUUUACAUUUAUUGGUAAUAAGGAAUGUUUGCGCCUUCAAAAUUGUAUUGCUUCUGGAUGUGAAGCCAUAUAAUUAUUUCUGCUAUUAAGUGCCAUAAUUUUAAUAAAGCAAAAUGUACAUAU